GGUUCAGCCCUGCUUCACCCUAGGGGCAGGAGGUGAAUGGGACAAGCUGCAGAGGGUUCUGAGGGUCUCUGCUCUGUCUCACAGGACCAGGCCAUGGGGAACUGGCAGAUCAAGAGGCAGAAUGGGGAUGAUCCCCCCCUCACCUACCGCUUCCCCCCGAAGUUCACCCUCAAGGCUGGCCAGGUGGUCACGAUCUGGGCCUCGGGAGCUGGAGCAACCCACAGCCCCCCCAGCAACUUGGUGUGGAAAGCCCAGAGCAGCUGGGGCUCCGGGGACAGCCUGCGCACCGCCCUCAUCAACUCCAACGGGGAGGAGGUGGCCAUGAGGAAACUGGUGCGCACGGUGAUCAUCAAUGACGAUGAAGAUGAGGACGAUGAUGAAAUGAGCAUCCACCACCGCCACCACCACGUGAGUAGGGCCCCGAGUAGGGGAUGCUGCUGGUUUCGAGGGGAUGCAGCUCCAGGCAGGAUGGGAGGGAGCUCAGAGCAGGAUCAGGCAUACAGGAGAAGGCAGUGGGGAGGCUGCUGUGGAAACAGCAGCAUCAGAGAAGCCCUCAGACCUCUGGCAUCUGGAGGAGAUUGCUGCUCACUAAAAAAGCUCUGAAAACCUUGCUAGAAGUUGUCUCCAACCCUAAAGAACCCUGAUGUGCCAUGAAAAGGGCCAGAAGAGUCAGAGGGAGGCUGAGCAUUGCUUGGAGGAUAGGAUGGUGGGAAGGUGAUGGAUGACACUUUUUGUCAGCAGCUGCUCUGUCCUCUCUGCUUCAUGAGGGUGCUGGAACAAAUCCAGAGGUGGCUUUGUCCUUCCUCUCAGCCCAUUUUUCCCCAUGUGGAGCUGCAAUAUGCACCAGGAGGAUCAGCAGGCAGUGGACAGGGAGCAGGCAGCAUGCCAGGGCCAGAGCUGCAGCCUCUUCUCCCAGAGAAAAACAAGGUGCCCACAGGAAUCACGUGCAAAGAGGCACCAUUGUGGCCAAGCUGUGCCUCAGUGAGGGUGGAAGAUCAUCUAGAUGUCACUUCCAGGAGCAAUUUGGGGCAUCCAUCAUCCACUCCCCUCUGAGUUCUCUGGAUCUGAAGAGCUGUGCUGAGAUUGACACCAGCACGUUGAACUGGUGGAUUGUUCUCCUCUACUCUGCCCUUGUGAGACCCACCUGCAGUGCAGGGUCCAGUUCUCAGCCCCCAGCACAAGAAGGACAGGGAAUUUUUGCUGGAGCAAGUCCAGAAGUAGCCAUGAGGAUGCUCUGAGGGCUGGAGUCUCUCUGCUGUGAGGCAGGCUGG